ACAAAACACAUAAGACUGAUCGUUGAUAUCUAACCUGGAAAUGUCAUCUCUUCAAAAAAGGGUCAUCCUUGAAUUUGUUAAAAAAAUUUAAAUUUGAAUAGACUUUGGAUUGGAAUAAUUAAUUUUUGGCAACCGUUAUCAUUUUAGUAAGUCUUUGACCUCACAGAAUCCAAAAUACGAAGCAUGUCGCUGUGUCAAAUCGUGUCGAAAUGAGGUUCUUUUUCACUUUUAUUUUCGAAUAACGUGAAUUUCAUUUGAAGUUAACGAUGGGUAGGAGAAAGUUCAUAUACUAAACUUUUACAUGAAAUAUUUAGACAAUAAGCUCAGCAGCAAAAUGAGUUUAGCUACUACUUCUAAAAAUAGUAAUUUUGAAAUUGUGUGCAAAAAUUUAGUAUGCGGGGGUAUAGCUGGUAUGAUUUCAAAAACAACAGUUGCCCCUUUGGAUAGAGUAAAAAUUUUAUUACAAGCCCAAAGUCAUCACCACCAAUCACAUGGUGUUACAAAGGGUUUGAAACAUAUUAUCCAGAAAGAAGGGUUUUUAGCCCUUUAUAAAGGCAAUGGAGCUCAAAUGGUGCGAAUUUUUCCUUACGCAGCUUCCCAAUUUACGGCAUUCGAGAUAUACAAAAAGUACCUAGAUGGAAUUUUCGGACAAACGUCCCACAUAGAUAAAUUCGUAGCGGGUGCCGGUGCAGGUGUCACGGCAGUUUUUCUUACUUACCCUUUAGACACAAUCAGAGCAAGACUGGCUUUUCAGGUGACUGGAGAGCACAUAUACACAGGCAUCCUCCAUGCUGCCCAGACCAUAUUCAAAGAAGAAGGUGGUGCCAAAGCCUUGUAUAGAGGUUUUCUACCCACCUUAGCGGGUAUGGUACCCUACUCAGGACUGUCUUUCUACUGCUUCGAGUACUUGAAAUAUGGUUGCAUAAAAUACUUACCGGAUUUAACGUGUCAUGAGUACGACGGGGGAACGUUGGUGUUAAGUUUGCCUGCCAAACUUUUGUGCGGCGGCAUGUCAGGUGCGAUCGCUCAAAGUGUGAGCUACCCCUUAGACGUGACCCGUAGACAUAUGCAGUUGGCCAUGAUGCAGCCACACACGCACCAUUACGCCAAAGGGAUGUUUUCUACUCUCUACAAGAUCUACCGUAAUCACGGGCUGGUGAAAGGUCUCUACAGAGGGAUGUCCAUCAACUAUAUGCGUGCUAUUCCCAUGGUUGCUGUAUCAUUUUCCACAUACGAGAUGUGCAAACAGUUGUUGCAUAUGGAAGCUGGAUUGAAACUUUCAUAGUUUGUUUCAGAUUGCUUGGUAUCCAGUAUGUUACCGCUAAUAAUAUACAAACGGGUAUCUUGGGUAUCGUCCACUUCGAUAAAAUUAUAUAUUACUUCCUAGACACUGGGCGAGGAAUUAUUGUUAUCGUGUAAACAUUCGAAAAUCUAAAAACCAUGUCACUCAUUUCGUUUGGUGUGUCUGCCUGUCCGUCCGCCCGCUAAUCCUCGACCCAUCUAUAACUUGAGAUGUACCGCUCGGAUUUUGAUAAAAAUUUUCACACAAGGUUGCAACUAUGCCAAGGACGAAAAAGCUUUGCUAGUUUUUGAAAAUCGAUGAAGAGGGUAUAUGAA